UACAGCAUGGAGUAGGCGAGACGGGACUGCGAGCGAAUGCAAUGCAGCACUACAACCAACUUCCAUCCAACUUAAAUAAGCCCUCCAAUUUUCACAUCUAAAAUAACCAUGUACUCCCCGUACUGCUUGACACAGGAUGAAUUUCAUCCUUUCAUCGAGGCGCUGUUGCCACACGUGCGAGCCUUCUCCUACACCUGGUUCAACCUGCAGGCCCGCAAACGCAAGUACUUCAAGAAGCACGAGAAACGGAUGUCAAAGGACGAGGAACGCGCCGUCAAAGACGAGCUCCUGAGCGAAAAGCCCGAGAUCAAACAGAAGUGGGCGUCCCGCCUGCUGGCCAAGCUCCGCAAGGACAUCCGGCCCGAAUUCCGUGAAGACUUCGUCCUCACCAUCACGGGGAAGAAGCCGCCGUGCUGCGUGCUGUCCAACCCGGACCAGAAGGGCAAGAUCAGGCGGAUCGACUGCCUGAGGCAGGCCGACAAGGUGUGGAGGUUGGAUCUGGUGAUGGUGAUCCUGUUUAAAGGCAGCCCUCUGGAGAGCACGGACGGAGAGAGACUGGUCAAGUCGCCCCAGUGCUCCAACCACGGCCUCUGUGUCCAGCCACAUCACAUCGGAGUGUCCGUCAAAGAGCUGGACCUCUACCUGGCCUACUUCGUCCACACACCAGAAUCCGGACAACAAUCAGACAACUCCAACCAGCAAGGAGAUGCAGACAUCAAGCCACCUCCCAAUGGACACUUGAGUUUCCAGGACUGUUUUGUGACCUCAGGAGUGUGGAACGUUGCCGAGCUAGUCCGCGUCUCACAGACUCCUGUUGCCACGGCGUCCGGACCCAAUUUCUCUCUGGCUGACCUGGAGAGCCCUGGAUAUUACAACAUCAACCAGGUGGCCCUGAGCAGACGCUCCAUCACCUCUACACCCUCCACCAGAACUGAAAUGGAGCUCUAUGCCAGUCUCCCACGGAGCUCAAAUAAGCGUAAGUCCAUAGAUGACAGUGAGAUGGAGAGUCCCGUGGAUGAUGUGUUUUACUCGGGACGCUCUCCUGCCCCCGGGAGCUCCCAACCCAGCGGCUGGCCCAAUGACGUCGAUGCAGUGCAGCACCAUUUGGCCAGUAUGCAGGAGAGGAAGAUUAAACAUGAGAAUGAUGGCGUGCAGUUUCCUUACCAUGGGCUGGCGUCGCCUGGUUCUCUUAAGAAGGUGGGGAAAUUCGAUUUCAGCGUCCUGUCAGCAGCUCACUGCAGGUCUUCUCGCAUGCCGUUCACCCACCACCCCCUGCCAAUGCUGGCAGGAGUUAGACCAGGGAGUCCCCGUGCCUCGGCCUCCUCUCUCCAUUUCCCCUCUCCCUCCAUCAUUCAGCAGUCCAGCCCUUACUUCACUCACCCCACCAUCCGAUACCACCACCACCCAGGGCAGGACCCCCUCAAGGAGUUUGUGCAGUUUGUGUGUGCAGAUGGCUCCGGACAGGCCGGGGGCCAGCCGAACGGGAGCGGCCAGAGCAAAAUGGCGGGCUCCUUCUUGCUGCCUCCGCCCCCCCCGGUGGCUCGCCCAGUGCCCCUUCCCCUCCCGUCAGACUCUAAACUCGGCGCUACGCCCCCCGAUGGCGGACUCGCCGCACCCACGUCUCCUUCGGCAUACUCAACGCCAGGCUCCACAGCUCCCAACAGGUUUGUCAGCAUCGGAUCACGGGACAACAACUUUCUAAACAUCUCUCAGCAGACACAGUCUUGGUUCCUCUGACAAGACCUGCCUACUAAAAAGCGACAAAACCCUGUCAUUAUAAUCGGGAAUUUUACAGAAACAGAAGAAGAAAAAAAAAAAGCAACUCCAUCCAACCGUCUGGAAAAAACAGGCCCUCCAACCCUCCUGCCCCUUCAGAACAGCCUAGAGUUCACACCAAGAUGUUAAACACGCCAUAAUCCCUUACAACCCCCCCUCCCCCCCAAACACAAAGGCAUGACACACACAAACACAAAAUGCCCCUUUUCAAAACAUGAGGAUCCGAUAGAAGCGGAGAAGAAGGAGGACAUGCGGUCAUCUCUCAGCAGAAAAAUGAGAAACAAACGCAGACAGCAACAGAAGGACAAGACUACCCAUAAACCCCAUAAGAGGAGAGAAAAAAUCAUUGUCUGUUAUUCUGGAACAAGGACGCAUUGUGCAGUGACUGGGCAUGUCAGCAGUCACCCUGGUGAGAUUACUGUUUUGUUUUUUGUUUUGUUUUGUUUUUUUUUGUUUUUUUUUAAAGAACCAACACAAAACAAAACACAUCAUUUUAGGAAAAUGGGAAACACUACAAAACAAUUGACUUUAAGACACAAAAAACACACAAGACUUACAUCUCAGUGGAAAAGCUAUUUACCCCUCUUUUGUGAAAGGACUGCAAAACCCCCCUGAAAUGUAAGAAUCUGAGGUCAGUAUGUAGUGAUGAGGCUGUUCUCUAUCUCCCCCUCUCCCAUCACAGACAGUAUUUUGACAAUUGAAGAGAGAAAGCCACACACAUAGAAAAAUGGACCUAAAUAUUGCACUACAAAAUUGCAUUGACACUAAUCUCAUGUGCACUAUUGAAAUGAGAUGGGUGAAGAAAAUGUUUGCACAACAUUUUACUACGGAGAAAAACAGGAAAUGUUAGCGUCUAGUUCUGUAGCUACCCACACGUAGUGUCUUCACCUUUUUAUGGGGGUGUUCUCUUUUUUGGGAGGAAGACAACAUCCUCGCACCGUGAUGGGUGACAAAGCUACUCCUAAAAUUACUUCAAUCAAUAGGUGUAAGAAAAAAAAACAAACAAUGGAUCCCAUCAAAUACAUACACAAAUACACGUGUACACACACACAUACACACACACACACACACACACACACACACACACACAUCCAUGAGAAUCUGUCUCAGCCGUCUCCUAACAAUGGGCCUGGUGAUUAUUUAUCACAUAAAACAAAUGAGAUUUCAGGAGAAAAAUCCCAAACCGAGACAAACAUGCAUUUUCUGUGCCAUCUCACCCUUUUUUACUGACUAUUCCUUGGCAGUGAGAGUGAGCCUGGCCAAUUUUAGCCUGUGUCAGAGCCUGUCUUUGAGCAGAGUGAACCUGAUAGGUUUGUCCGCGUUUUGACCAGCACCUUUGUAGGAUGCCAACAGACCCCUGGUCAUCCAAACUAGAACAGAGGGCCUGAUUUCUGAUUCUCUCUCUCUCUCUCUCUCUCUCUCUCGCUCUCUCUCUCUCUCUCUCAAAAUUACUGUACUGUUUACACUCCCGGGGGGCGAUGUUCCAAGAACAGGGGGCCACACUGAGGAGCAAAAGAAUGUGUGACGUAUUUAAGCUGUGUGGAGAGAGAUGGGGGCGGGAAUGGGAGUGGGGGGGGGUAGUUUAAGGGGCUGAAGGUGAGGAAAGGAUGGGAGAGGACUGGUGACUGGUUGGAUGACCAUUUUGAUUUGAGACAGCCUCGUUCUCAUAUAGUUACACAUUGAGUCAACAUCGUAACAGCAAAUUUGCACUAUCAGAUCCAAAUUAGACACUACACAAGAUUCACGAGACUUACAAGAUUUGAAGCGCACAUACUAUACUGAGAAACACACGCACACAAGCACGCAAACACACACACACACACACAAAACAUGGUUAUGUCCUAAAGCAGAUUAACUAUGAAAAGGAAGCCUUCGUUUCACAUGAACAGGACAAUGUUUAUAAGACCUUACAUCUCCACUCAUUGAGAAUUCUGCCAUAGAUCUCCACUGCAGCCUUUUGCUUUAGCACCUCAUCGAUCGUACAAACCUCACAAAAUAACUGGACUGCCCAAACCCAUAAUCUCACUGCAGGGAAGCUCUGCAGUCAGACGGCCGUUUCCUCGUCAGCCUGGUCAGCAAACAAACAAACAAACAAACAAAACACACGAGCAGUACUAAAAAAAAAAAACGAAUGAAAGUGUUCAGCGCUGACGAUCGUUUCUUUCUUUCUUUCUUUCUUUCUUUCAAAAAAAGAUAGAAAAAAAAAUCUAUGGAAGUGCCUCUCUGUUUCCUUUAUGCAAUUUGUCCAAGCAUAAAAUCAGGUUCUUUUUGUCGUGUAUAAGCUACAGACUAUGGUUGAUAAUUUGAUGGUCUGAGAAUGAACCAGUGACCGCUAAUUAACUGCAAACAUCUUUAUAUAUAUACAGUACAUAUAUAUAUAUAUUCAUAUAUAUUUAUAUAUACACACACGUUUUUAUUUGCCUAAUAAGCUCAGUGGCAGUCUAGUUAUUUUUUGAAGUGUCGCAUAAGUCAUGAGGCGUAAACCUAGUCAUUUGUCAUGAAGUACCAGCCCAAAUACCUGCUUAUAUGUACUCUAAUAAGUCCAUAGGAAAAACAAACAAACAAACAGACAAACAAACAAACAGCUAUAAUAGCAGCAUCAGCAAACAAAUGGAGAUGGGAUUUCUGUAGUAAACAAAUAGUAAUGAUAGUGUUGAAGAAAAAAGAAAAAGAAAAAAAUAGUGACAGCAAAGAAGACUAUGACUUGAGUUGUGUUGUGUCUGGAUGGGAAGUAUUGUUACUGAAAAAAAAAAAAAAAAAAAAACGUAUGUGGAUUAAGCCAUGUGCAAUGCCUUGGGUAGAAAAUCGUGUUUGUUAGAAUUUUGUUAAAAGAAAGAGGGGGUUUAAAAAAAAAGAAGAAAGAAAAAUCUUUAUUGUUUUUAAAGUCCAUUUGCUCCGGGACUCUAAACUAAAGGGCGGAGAGUGAGAGAAAAAAAAAAGUCUUUGUACGUUUUGG